AUGCCGUACGAAGCCGUCAAGCCAUUAGACCCCGACGCCGAGGACGGAUCAGUCGACAUUGUGGGUGGGAGCGAAGCAGACGUCGAGUCUAGCAAAACAGAUGCAGAUGAGACUCUGUCUUUCCUGAGAUGGAAACAGAAGGGAGACGCAUCAAAUUCCAACCCAGCGCAGGUGCUGUCCAGAAGGGGGGCAGGUGAUAUUCUUGCAGCCAUUUGCAGCCUGCUUCCCUGGAUCAUCAACCUGAUCCUGGUGAUGGUUGUGAUUUCGCUUGCGAGGAGAUUGAACAUGACACCACCGGCUUCGUCCCGCCUUCCGGGCUCUGAGUUGAUGUACACACUAGCCGAGGAAGCAAUCGAAUAUAGGCUGGAGACGACAUAUGCGAGCGAGGACUUUCCCGACUCGGAAUAUCAAGGCUGGCCGAAUACUCAUAAGGACAAACUCUGGAACAAGUAUGAAGAUGGCAAUUUUCUCUGGAUCGACCAACAGACCGCUGAGAGGCUCCCUUUCGAGACCGAGCACGCCCCUUUACAGGAGCAUAUGGACGACUACGUUGUAGGCCUAUCCGUCUUCCAUGUUCUCCACUGCCUCUCCGUCCUCCGACGCAACAUCUACCCCAGGCGCUACAACUCCUCUAUGGUCAACCCGGACGGCACCGUUGACUACCACAAAUGGCACCACAUCGAUCACUGCCUAGAGACUGUUCGCCGCGAUGUUCUCUGUCACGCCGAUACGUCUGCCACGACGUGGGAGUGGGUCGAGGCCUCGCAGAUGACUAUCCGCCCUGAGACGCAGCACAUAUGCCGGGACUUUGAUCGGAUCAGCGAAUGGGCUUAUGCUCGUCAUGUAAAGGGGAACCAGAGGACACACGUCGAGAACGGCAAGAUUGUCGACUACACGGGACUGCCGCCAAGCGAGGCGUGGAACAAGAUCCAGGUACUGCCACCUGCCGAUUGGGCUUAUACAGUCGAUGAUCUAUGA